AUGAAGCGGUUGCGGCGGCCCGGCGCGACCGGCGGCGACCCGUUCUGCCUGCCGGAGCCUCUGUUCGUACGUCGAGCCGCCUCCGACGGUUUGGAUCUCGCGCACCGCGCCUACGGCGACGACCUGGCCAUCCUGUUGGCGGACAUGAUCACGGAGCUGCCCGCGCUCAGGCGGCUCAACGUGCGCGGCAACCGGCUGUCGGACGCGGGCAUCGCGGCGAUUCUGGGCGCGGUCUGCGGCGGCGGCAGCCACCUCCGGGCGCUGGACCUGUCGCAGAACGUGCUCGACGGCGCCGCCAUCGACUCGCUGGCGCGGUUCCUCGAGACGGAGGCCUGCGCGCUCGAGGAGCUCCACCUGGACGGCGCGGACGACCGCGGCGCCUACGCGGUAGCCAAGGCUCUACGGACGAACGCGACGCUGACGAAGCUGGACCUGUCGUGGAACCAGCUGGGAGCGCAGUCCGGGUCAUUGAUCGGCGGCGCGCUCAUGAAGAACCGGAGUUUGGCCUGGUUCUCGCUGGCCUUCAACUGCAUCGGCGACGCGGGCGCGAUGGCCUUGGGAAGAGCGCUCGACGCGAACGGCACGAUCCAGCAUUUGGACGUGUCUUCCAACGGGAUUCGGAACCGGGGCGCCCAGGUCAUCGCCGAGGGGCUCCGGGACAACCUGCGGCUGACGCGCCUCGACAUG